AGCAGUGGCGCAGGCAGGAACGCAGGCGGAGGGAAGGUGCAAGAUGGAGGACACGCGAAAUAUGCUGCGCGAGCAGCAGCAACAUUCGUCGAUCUCCUGCCUCUUCCCGGAGAUCCUGGCGAUGAUCUUCAGCUACCUGGACGUCAAGGACAAAGGUAGGGCGGCGCAGGUGUGCGUCGCGUGGCGCGAUGCCGCCUACAACCGCUCCGUGUGGAGGGACACCGAAGCGAAGUUACACCUGCGCAAGCAGAAUCCGUCUUUGUUUCCGAGUCUCGUGCAGCGGGGCAUUCGACGCGUGCAGGUGCUCAGCCUCCGCCGCAGUCUUCGCGACGUCAUGAGCGGCGUGCCGACUAUCGUCAGUCUCAACCUGAGCGGCUGUUACAACGUGACGGACAUCGGUCUCUCAUACGCCUUCUCCGGCAGCAUUCCGACGCUGAGCGUGCUCAACCUGAGCCUCUGCAAGCAGAUCACCGACCGCAGUCUCGACAAGAUCGCUCAGAACCUCAAGAACCUCGAAGUUCUCGAACUCGGCGGCUGCUGCAACAUCACGAACAACGGUCUGUUGCUGAUCGCGUGGGGCCUGCGGCGGCUCCGCGUGCUCAACCUCCGCAGCUGCCGGCACGUGACCGACGUCGGCAUCGGACACAUCGCCGGACUCAGCCACAAGGCGGAGUCGGCCGACGGAAACCUGCAGCUCGAGCACCUCGGCCUGCAGGACUGCCAGAAGCUCACCGAUCAGGCGCUCCUCAACGUCAGUCUCGGCCUCGCGAACCUGCGCGGCAUCAACCUCAGCUUCUGCGCGAACAUCCGAGACAGCGGACUCAAGUGUCUCGCGCGCAUGCCGCGCCUCGCUGCCGUCAACCUUCGCAGCUGCGACAAUGUGAGCGACGCCGGCAUCGCGUACCUCGCCGAGGGAGGCUGCUCGCGGCUUCAGACGCUCGACGUGAGUUUCUGCGACAAGGUCGGCGACGCGGCGCUCGUGCACGUGUCGCAGGGACUGUACAGCCUGCGCUCGCUCAGCCUCAGCGCGUGUCACAUCAGCGACGAGGGCCUGAGCAAGGUGGUGCGGACGCUGCGCGAUCUCACGACGCUCAACAUCGGUCAGUGCAGCCGCAUCACGGACCGCGGGCUGGCGCUGAUCGGCGACUACCUGACUAACCUGACUGAGAUCGACCUGUACGGAUGCACGGGCAUCACGACGGUGGGGCUGGAGCGCAUCAUGCAGCUUCCGCACCUAUCCGUGUUGAACCUCGGGCUGUGGCACAAGCGAGUAUGAUACAGGGCGUCGGAGGACAUGCACGCGUGGGGUGGGGGGGCGAGCAAGUGUGUGUGUGCGUGCGUGUGUGUGUACAUGCUCGUGUGUGCGUGCGUGCCUGCCCGCGUGUGCGUGAUUUCAUCUCGUGUCACUGUCGCUGCGUCUAUCGAUUCGUUACAUCUAAUUCUUUGUUAAUGCGUUCACGGUUGUUUCUUCGGCGAUGAUUGCGGUAGAGAGGUUUAUAUCGUGCAGUCUGUGCCAUCAAAAAUGUUUCUCUACUGGUGGCAUUUUUGGCGUUGAGGGUCUUCCAUCGGCGAACCUGGUAGCACUGCCAUAGUAUGGAUUAAUGCCUAUUAGUGUGUCAGAGGAGGUAGAGGUGGGGAUUUUAUUACAUAACUGAGUUAUGAUUAAAGGAAUACUUUUGCAGGUUAAGAUACUUAUGCCGUCCAUGCAUGGCUGAAUGGGUAAUCGUGCCCUGUUACGUUUGACAUUCAUUUUGUCGGGUGUUUACAUUUCUUUGUUACACUUUGAAUUUUACUCUUUCGGAAUUUGACGCAAGGGGUAGAUACGGAUGCCCCUCUCUGGCUUUCUAGGGCUAUGACAGUGCUGCUAGGUAGCUUGCGCAUGGACACAUCUCGCAUGUACUUCGAUGUUUAGCGAAUCGCGCUGGUUACGAUUGUUUCGUGUGGUUCAUCUGAAGAGUCGAUGCUUAGUUGUUUAAUCUUUCACGGAUUCGUGCGCUGGCAGCAGUAGUUGCCUUCAUUUCACUUGUUAUGUUGUGGAGGAGCGAGUGAGAGGUAUGUAGGGAAAGGUAUGGUUUGCGUGUGUCUGUGUGAGCGAGAAAGGGAGUGUGUGAGAGAGAGAGAGAGAGAGAGAGAAUGAGAAAAUGAUCAGACACAAAACUGCACGUCUAUUGUCUCCAAACCCACCGAUACAAUGCUAGGAAAUACACCUAUUAGUGUUCUAACACGUUUCCUCUGUGUUGAAUACUCAACUAUUACAGAUAGUCGAAUUGUGAACAAGGUGAAGGAUAGGGCAUGCAUUUACCCCUAUGGAGCAUUCACGUGAUAUCACUUCGUCAUUCUAAAAAUCCCCCCACGGCUUCCAUCUAAUAACAGAAGUGACUCCCGUAUUUGCCUCUCCGUUAGUCUGUUAUACAUGCCGUGCAUGUGAGAGAGCGAGAGUUCAAUGUACGUCUGAUAUGCGACGGUUACCGCCACCGGUCGGUCACGCCUACGCAAAGAAUUUAAACAGCUGCCGUCGCGCGUCGGUACGUGUGAUCGGGAGCCCCAUGCAGGAUCCUCCAGGCCCCCACUGAUGCAUGAAUCGUCUUUUUGUCCCGACCGGCGGCACACGCUAUCUAGUUUCCCGGCUGUCAAAACAGGGAGCAGCCAGGAUGGCCCCUGUCCAGUCGUAUCCCACUGCGAAGUGGUCUCUGACCAGUGGGUCAAGCGGGAGAACACUCGCGCGCUCUCCCCCUCAUACAAACCCCAGCCUUAAUUAAGAAACGAGUCUGACACCACAGUCAGUUAUGAUUUCGACCACAAUUUAGAUUUUUACAAUAUCCUUAUUAAAAUUCCGUGGUAUCCUAUGGUAAAAACCCAAUUAAAAAAGUAGCCAGUACUUAUUUUGAAUAAUUUUGAUUUCUACUACUAGUAUAUCAAGAGUAGAUAAUAACACAAUGUGUUAUUAUCUACUCUUGUAGUAUAUCCUUAGUAAAAUUCCAUCGUAUCCUUUGGUGAAAUCCAUAAAAAAGUAGCCAGUCGUGCUCAAAAGUGGGGGUCCCGAAAUAGGAUGGGGUCGUUAUUUUCAACACUGCACCACCCCCUUCUUCGUUCGUCCCCGUUCAUAACGAUAGCUAUGAGUAUGAGGGAAGGCGAGUCUUGAAGAAUUCGAUCGAGUCUUGAAAUGGAAUAUAUCAGAAUAAAUCGGGGGGGGGGGAGUUUCUGAGGGACGGGUGGAUUCCAAGAUCAGCGUCAGCAGUGUUAGCUAGGAGAGCCGUAGCCAGCUGUUGAUCCCUGCACUAUGUUUGUAGGAACCCGCGGUCGGUUACUACGCUACAAGUACGACUCCGUAACAACAGUAUUCAAACUACGAGUGAAAUUGACGGUGGGAGAGGCAAGUACAGUGGUCCCCCCCCCUCUCUAUCGGGCAUCGGAUAAACAGGCGCAUCGCAUCGCUUAAACGACGUGCGAAUAUGAACAAAUUCUCACGCACGUCGUUAUGCGUGCACCGCUUAAUCGGGACCUAUCCCUAAUCUCCUUAUCGAUUAAGCGGGGACGACUGUGUAUAUUAGGAGUACGUAAAUACACUCACUACUACUUGCUACUACUAACAGUAACAGUUCGCGCGCGCUAGCAUGUUAAUUAACUGUUAUAUAGUGCGUUAUAAGCAGCCCCUCGGAACACCGGCAUUUGAACUCGGCGUGCCUUGCCGUGCACGCAGUUUCGGCGGCUAGCCCGUCUUGAAGGUCGGCAACGUAGUUCUAGGCCAAGAUAAGAAUCAUAGGCGAAGCGUCGUUUCUCCCCCUCCUCCUCCUCUACCCGCCCUCCUUCGUUCACCCCCUUCUUUUCAUCUCGCCAUCUUUGGCGCGUUCUAAACUCACCCCCCGACAACGCAGCGAUGAAUAGGUCUGCUAAUUGGGUGACCAUUGUCUGAAGGACUGGUCAGUCGAGAUUUCGCGUGGCGGCGGCGGCGGCAGCGGCAGCGGGGAUAUUGUGUCUUAGGCGAAAACCGGGCGCGGUGGACAUUCCGCGGUCUUGAUCGGUAAGAUUUGAGCCAACGGUCAAAGUCGGGUUCCUUUAUGAGUCGGGUGGGUAAGUGCGCAUGCGCGGGCGGAGGCGUUCCUUGGACAUGAUGGUUUAGCGUCUGCAUGCAUCCAGUGGGAACAUCCACGGAGGCGUUAGGUGUCAGUCUAGAAGGAAAGACUGCGUAUGCGUUGUGGGGCACACAUUGGGUGAUCCAUUGCUAGACUGACGCGCACACGCACGCACACGGACACACACGCCAGCGCGCGCACACACACACACACACGCACACAC